AUGGAUUCAAAUUCAGAAAGCCAAGACAAGCAUAACCAAUAUAUAUCAGAGUUACGGGAACAAGACAGAUGGCUACCCAUAAACAACGUAGCAAGAUUAAUGAAAAAUACACUACCAGUGACUACAAAGGUAUCAAAAGAUGCCAAGGAAUGCAUGCAAGAAUGUGUCAGCGAAUUCAUUUCGUUUGUGACCAGCGAAGCUAGUGAUCGGUGCGCUGCAGAUAAAAGGAAAACCAUCAAUGGAGAAGAUAUUUUAAUAUCGUUACAUGCCCUAGGCUUCGAGAAUUACGCUGAAGUACUCAAGAUUUAUCUCGCCAAAUAUAGACAGCAGCAAGCCUUCAAAAACCAAAUUCUAUUCCAAAGGAGAGGAGAUGACGGUGAAACUGACUUGAAUGAUAUGACUCCCACUGAUAUAGGAGCACAGAGUGUCAAUCAACUCUCUGCUGAAAAGUUGAACGAUAAAAACUCGAAUCUUCAACAAGGAAGUAGUCCUGAAUAUGAACAAAAUAACGGUUCACAUAAAAAUGAGCGUGAGUCUGCUGAUAGAAGACAUUCCAAUAAAGAACAAGAAGACCAAGAGAAGGGAAACGCUAAAAGUGAUCAGUUUGUGAAUCAAAAAGGCUCACUAUGCCUAUGA